CUGUUUUCUUCGAUUUUUACGCGCUGUUUUUUUCUUAGUGAGUUGUUCAGGGCUCACGAACGUUCAGUGUCCAUUGAACAGGACUCCAUUGUUCGAGUUGAUACAUGUCAAUUAGCGGCAAACAACCCAAUCGAAGACUUCUAUUCAGCUGCGAAAUGUUUGUCGUCGAAUGCUUUUCUGUUCGGCGUAUUUGAUGGACAUGGUGGGCCAGCAUGUAGUAGGCAUGUGUCCACUUCCUUAUUUCCAUAUAUAUGCGCCUCAGUGCUACAAAAACACGAGGUUGGUGGAUUCAAUGUUUUUUUUCUGCUGACAGAAACUAAAACACUCCCGUUGGAAGAUCGCCUGGAGUGGAUCUUUGGCAGUGCCGAUCCUCAUCUGCCGAAUUUGUUUAUCGAAUCAUUUUGUAGUGUUGAAUUGCCCAUUGUUGAUUUUAUAGUUCGCGAAGCUCUCAAAUUUGCUUUCGAAACGUGUGACGAGGACUUGUGUCGUGCUGCUUUGCCUGAUAGUAAGGGACAUUUUGAUAAGUUAUCAGUAAUGACUGCUGCUUCCGGAUCAUGCGCAACCCUCGCGCACGUGCGUGGGCGUAAUCUACACGUAGCUAAUGUUGGUGAUGGUGCUGCUGUAUUAGAUUCAAAAACUCCAGGUGUCGUUCACGCAAAUGGUAGCGUGACUGCUCGACACCUUUCACAUGCUCACUGCGUAGACAAUGCUGACGAGGUUCAGAGAAUUCGCUCAUCACAUCCCAAUUCAGAAACGCAGUUGCUUCGUGGUGGAAGGCUCUUAGGUGAACUAUAUCCUUUACGAGCAUUUGGAGAUGUCCGGUUCAAAUGGCCUUUAGAUUUGCAGAAGGUAGUCCUGGAACCAAUGGGAAACCCUGCUCCACCCAAUCUUCUUACACCACCUUACUUAACGGUUUCGCCAGAGGUGCUAUAUCACAAACUGACUCCUAACGAUAGGUUUUUGGUGCUUGCAACUGAUGGGUUGUGGGAAUGGCUCGAUCCUGACACCGUUGUUCGACUUGUACAUGAUCACGCACUUGGUACAAUGACAUUGCAGCCAUAUCAGCCCAAGGAUGGAGCAACGCUCAAACAGGUGAGAGUUUUCAAGUGCUUCUGGGUUUUGAUAGAGCUGCACCAGAGGAGGAUUGGUGACCAAGGUCGUAAGAAACCAAUAGACGAGAAUUGCGCCACUCAUAUUAUAAGAAACGCUCUGGGUGGUGUCACCGGUGGACAGAGCAAGCAAUAUGAGAGACUCAUCGAUAUUUUACAGGUUGCACCCGGGAGGGCACGCAACUACCGCGAUGACAUUUCUGUCAUUGUUAUCCAUUUUAAUGAGGAUUAUCUAGCACAGAAAGAAGAUCAAUUCUCUUCAGAUGGUAUAGAAAUUCAAGCAGUAUAG